GGAGAGUGAGCACUGUCUCCUCGUGCUUUGCUGUUUGGAGUCUGUGUCUUUGGUCUUUGGCUAAAGUCACAGCGGAGUCGUCGUGGUGGCUCUGCGACUCUCGUAGUGGCUUCUCUCAGAAAACCCUAGCGACACGACCGAGCUCUGCCAGAUCCAUCCUUCCUCUCUCGAGGGCUGUUUUACCUGGACUGGAUGGAACAGUACGAGAAAGUUGAGAAGAUUGGAGAAGGAACCUAUGGUGUGGUUUAUAAGGCUCGUGACCGUACGACAAAUGAGACUAUAGCCUUAAAAAAGAUUCGCUUGGAGCAGGAAGAUGAGGGAGUACCGAGCACAGCAAUAAGGGAAAUCUCCCUCCUGAAAGAAAUGCAGCAUGGAAACAUUGUCAAGUUACAGGAUGUGGUGCACAGUGAGAAGCGCUUGUAUCUGGUUUUUGAGUACCUUGACUUGGAUCUGAAGAAGCACAUGGAUUCAUCUCCAGAAUUCGCAAAGGAUCUACGACAAAUAAAAAUGUUCCUUCAUCAAAUUCUCCGUGGCAUUGCUUAUUGUCAUUCCCAUAGAGUUCUUCAUCGAGAUCUGAAACCCCAGAAUUUGCUAAUAGAUCGCCGCACCAAUUCGCUAAAGCUUGCAGACUUUGGACUGGCCAGAGCAUUUGGCAUUCCAGUAAGGACGUUUACACAUGAGGUGGUUACUCUGUGGUACAGAGCUCCAGAAAUAUUGCUUGGAUCUCGCCACUACUCUACUCCUGUUGAUGUGUGGUCGGUGGGUUGUAUAUUUGCUGAGAUGGUUAACCAACGGCCAUUAUUUCCUGGCGACUCUGAGAUUGAUGAACUUUUCAAGAUUUUCAGAGUCUUGGGUACUCCAAAUGAGGAUACAUGGCCUGGUGUGACUUCUUUGCCCGAUUAUAAAGGUGCCUUUCCCAAAUGGCCUCCUAAGGAUCUAGCUGCUGUGGUUUCAAGUCUGGAUUCAACCGGAGUUGAUCUUCUUUCUAAAAUGCUCUCCUUGGAUCCCAGCAGAAGGAUCACGGCCAGGAGUGCCCUCGAGCAUGAAUACUUCAAAGAUAUCUGAUUUACACCUCGAUUAUCUGCAACCAUCCUCGUGGCAGAGAAGUGUCUAUAUUAUUAUUAUUGUGUAGCUAAUAUAUCGCUUUUGAUUGUGUGAGAAAUAUGCGUGCUGCAUUUUUUAUGCGAUUCUUCUUAUUUGCAAUUUCCUUUUGGAUUGAGUUUAGAUUUUACUUUGAUUUGGUUUUGGAGAGACAUAUUUGCAUCAACUAGGGUAUGUUUCAUUUCUCUCCUCUCUCUCUUCUCUCCAUGUCAUAAAGAUAUAACUGUCAUUUUGUCUCCAA